CUUGCAUGACGAAUAUCAGGCAAACUUAUUAAACUCAAUGUGGCUUAUUGCUGUAACUUUCCUGAGCAUUGGUUAUGGAGAUAUUGUGCCACACACAUAUUGUGGAAGGGUCAUUGCAAUUUGUGCAGGCGUACUGGGCUCAGGAUGUACAGCUCUGGUGGUAGCAGUUUUUGCACGAAAACUUGAACUUUCUAAAGCUGAAAAGCAUGUAAAAUAUUACGCAGCUAAUGUGCUCCGUGAAACAUGGUUAAUAUAUAAAUACACAAAAUUAGUAAAAAGAGUAAACCCUUCCAAAGUGCGUACUCACCAAAGAAAGUUUUUGCGGGCAAUACAUGGGCAAGUAUAA